AUUAUUUGUUGAAGAGCACUUUAUGUGUCUGCAUUUUAUUACACAAAACGGCUUGGUUGUAGCUAAUAUCUAAACAUUAUGAAUAUGUUUUGAUUUAACUGGAAGAUUGAUUGUGCGAGUCGAGUGUUUUGUGAGCUAUACGUUUAAGGUUAGACAACACGUUUACUUGGAAAAUAGAUUGUUUAACAUCGGGGUGCAACAUGGAAUAUUUUUGUGUACGAGAUGAGAGUGAUGUUGAUAAAAUGGACAUAGACGAAGCUUUUAAUUGGCUUGAUGACAAACAAAUAAAACAUAAGCUUCACUCCUUAGAGGAGAUGAAACAGCUUAUUCGGGUAACUCGACGCUCGACUGAAAGGAAACCUAGUGAAGGAGAGGAAUUAUCUCAGUCAAGCAUGGCGGACAUUAAAGAAGUGCUAUCAAAUGAUAAUGAUUUAAGGAAGCGUGUAGGUUCUGUAUAUGAUGAACUUUUGGAUACGAUAAAAACGCAACCAAAUUGGAUAUAUCUAUAUAAAUACCUGUCUACGUGGUGCGGGUGCGAUGAAAUCGUUUCAAAGUUAAACGAACACAAAGACGAACUUCAACGCAAAGAUUGUCCAAUCGUUAUAGCCGGAGAGACGAGUGCUGGGAAGAGCUGUUUUCUUAACCUCCUUCUUGGAGAGGAUGUACUUCCAGUUAGCCUGCUCUGCGCAACAUCCAUCAUUUGUGUGAUCCAUCCGAUAUCCGAUGGAGAGGCUCCUUAUUUUACAGUUGAUGGACAACUGAAACCCGUGAAUAGUAAUGACGAACUGAUUGAGAAACUGAAGCUAAUAUUGACAGCUCGCACUGAAGCUGAGACAUUUAAACAAGCGGACGUUUACUUACAUGUGCCUUUGGUUGGAGAGAACAAACACAUCGUUUUUGUGGAUACUCCUGGGGUAGGUGAAAGCGAACAAAUGUCAGAUAAAGUGUUUGAAUACCUGCCAAAUGCAGCAGCCUUCAUAUAUUUGCUGAAUAGUGCCAACGCUGGGGGAGUUCAAGAAGACAAGCUUAUACAGAUUUUUAAGAAAGUUCAAGAUUUGGACCAAUCAAGUUGCUUAUUUAGUUUCGACCCAACGUGCACAAUGCUUGUGUGCAACAAGUGGGAUGUAAUUGAAGAACGAAGCAAAGAGAGGAGGGAACGGAAGAGAGAGUUUGGGAUGAUACAUUAUUAAAGCUGCGGAAAUAUUUGCCAGGAUUCCAAUGGGACAAUCGAAUAUAUAAAAUGAGCACUACUGAGGCAAUUCGUUACAGGGAAAAUGGGAUGAAUGACUCCGAUAAGUAUUCUAAAUUGAAGCAUGGACUAAAGAAUCUGUUAUAUAAUAGCCAAACUAGUAAAUUGAAUAUGCAUUUGAGAUGGUUACAUUCUUUAAUGCAACAAAUAAACAUGUAUACUUCGGCCAGAAAACACUUUGCUGAUGCAACGGAUGCGGGGAAAAAACUGAAGCACGAAGAAAUUCUAAUGAAACUAGAAAAAGCUAAAGAAGAUACUGCAUUUGUAAGGUCCGCACUUAUUGAAUCAUGCAAGGGAAAACUUACUGCUAUGGCACAUGCCGUUUAUACGCAUCUCAACAGGAAAUAUGUAAAGACAAGACUUAAGACGAAUUUAAAAGAGCUUGUACAUUUAAUCACAGCACCAGACGAUGAUGCCUUUCAGUACAAAGCAAAAAAAGCACAUCAUGAAGAUUGUUGGCCAAGAAAUUGAAACCUGGGAACGUGACUCAGGAUUUUGGAAACGUACUGUGGAGAACAUGACAUGUGAAAUGGAAAAGGAAUUCGGACUUUUAGAUGAUGAGUGUUGUGAUGCGGAAGAAGCAAUAGAAUGCAUAGAACAUACGUUCAAAGAUCGUGAAGUUUUAGGAUACAAUAUCGGUGAACUAUGGGAGAAAUUACAGAAUGGUUUUCAAUCAUUUCAGCAUGGUUGUAUUACCAUAUUUCAUGAUCGGCAAGACAUGUUCGCGCGGAUUCUAGCGGCAAGCGUUAAUCAACUUACAAAAUUCAUGCACAGAGAAGCAUAUUUACGGCAUCUGUUAAAAGAGGUAGCGAAAGAAUGCUUCAGUGAAGAAUCAAUACUAAAAAGUAUCAAAGAGAGCAUGUUUGUCCCAAUUGAACGUAAAAUAAAUAGUCAAUGUGAAAAACUAAUUAUGUGUCGAAUAAAAGCGUGCACUAUUUUGAAUGAUUGCAUCGUUCAGGAUACACGACCUGCAAGUGAAAUUACUCAAGAGAUCUCUGGAAUCCGUGAGGAAACACUAUGUUUAGAAGCCAAGCUAAAUAACUAUGAAAAGGAAGCACGGGACAUCCAUUUGUAGAUUCUAUAAUUACAUGACUUUAAUACGUUUCAUUAGUAUUUCGUCCCACUAGGAGUUGUCGCGUUGCACCAGAAAGAUUUACGACAUUAAUUCUGGAAAGAGAUUGGUAAUAGUCCUUGAAGCGAUGAAUAUAUGUAUACUACGUUAAGUAUUCAGUUGUAAUAAGUUUCUAAAUGUGUCUUGGAGAUCAUGCCUAUACAUUGUGUAUAACCGCCGAAACGCGUCGUCUUUAAUUAGUUAGUUUCAUUGUGAAUUAGCAUUAUUUGUUUACAAACACUUAGGGUCGUAAGCGACAUUGAAAUAUGCAUAAUUGCAUUAAUUACUUCAAGAAAGCUUUGCUCAAAUCAUGCAAAUGAUUGAUGACCCAAGACUUAUAUUUCGUGUAUAGUGAUUCAAAUACACCACAGACAAAGACUUACUUGUCUAAACGCGGCAAAUUGGAUGUCUGCGAACGAUAUUGUUUGGAUAGAACACAAUAUGUGGUUCGAACAAUAGUGAAAGGCGAUGAACAGGAAAAAAUAAAAAUCAAUAUAAAUAUAUAUUUAGAGUUACGUUUGAUCGACACUAUUUUUAAUCGAACUUUCUUACUGUAGACAUAUAUUGUUUAAUUUCGCUAUUAUGAAUCAAAAGACCGAGAUAUGGAUUACGAAUACAUAAAUCAUGUUAAAUAUACCACUCAAACGAAAUUCGAAUGUAUCUACGUUUUGGUAAAUUAUCAUUGAUCGACCGUGGUAUCAAAUCUUUGCAAUAUUGACAGAUAGAUCCUUUUAUCAUACCACUGCAUUGAUAUCUGCCUGAUAUAACGCUGCAUGAUAUAUAUUUUUUAUUUCAAGUUCAACAGGAAGUUCAUAUAUCAGUCAAUGUGUCCUGAUAAUAAUAAGUAAUAUUUGUUUGUACAAAUAAAUCAGAUUCAUCAAACCAAACAAUUUGAUACCAAGAUGCAUUACAUUGUAUACAAAGGACGCAACAAAAAGAGUUAAAAAGAUAUUAUCCUAAUAUUACAGAGGGGGUAAUCACGUGAUAGUCAAGAUGGCGACGUGCAUGCCGAGGCAGGUAUUUUUCGUCGUUUUAUACCUUUUUUUACUUGUAUUAUU